AUAUACACGUGAUUGCUUCACGAUACGUCGCGUCGUAAGGAUAGGCUUCGAGUCACGGCCGUUCGAAGUGCACGUGAGCUUCAAAUGAACGGGAUCUCGUUUCAUUCAGAAACUACGAAGCCGCGGUUCUGCUAGCCGCAGCUCGAAUCUGCGUGUAUAUUCGGCGAUACCGAUCAGUGCUCUGUAUUCCAGGGACACGUGUGUUUCACCUUUGACAGACAAACAUGACGACGUUACAAGCGAUCAGGUGGGAAAACGGCAAGCUGGAGAUACUUGAUCAAAUACUGUUGCCGGCGAUCUCACGAUACAUCCCUGUCAGAGGAGUGGAGGACGGUUGGAAAGUCAUAAAUAACAUGCAGGUUCGUGGCGCACCAGCUAUAGCCAUCGUAGGCUGUUUAAGUUUGGCAACAGAGAUUAAAAACGAGGAGUACACAGACAAGAAGAGCCUUCGACGGGACGUGGAGGGCAAAUUGAAUUAUUUGGUUUCUGCUCGACCAACUGCUGUUAAUAUGAAAAUAGCUGCGGAUGAACUGAUUCAACUGGCUAAUAAACUUACUAAGGAUGAUACUGUUAACGUAACAGAGAUGAAAGAAAGAUUUUUUGAAGCCAUAGAAGCUAUGUUGGAGAAGGAUAUCGCUGAUAACAAGGCCAUUGGAGACUUUGGAGCGCAGGAGAUCUUAAAGAACGUCUCAGGGGACCAUUCUGUUAGGAUUUUAACGCAUUGUAAUACUGGCAGUUUAGCAACAGCAGGUUAUGGCACAGCUUUAGGUGUUAUUAGAUCUCUUCAUAUGAAAAAUAGUCUUGAACACGCAUACUGCUCUGAAACUAGGCCGUAUAACCAAGGAGCAAGACUGACUGCGUAUGAAUUAGUAUAUGAAAAAAUUCCCGCCACCCUAAUCUGCGACGACAUGGUGGCAGCUCUGAUGAAAUCAAGAAAAAUUUCUGCGGUUGUCGUCGGUGCGGACAGAGUUGCUGCAAAUGGCGACACAGCUAACAAAAUUGGAACCUAUCAAAUUGCCAUAGUCGCUAAGUAUCACAACGUUCCGUUCUACGUAGCGGCUCCACGAACUUCUAUAGACUUCAGUAUACCUAGUGGCGACCAUAUCGUUAUCGAAGAAAGGCCAGAGAGAGAAAUGACGCAUAUAAAUAAUCAACGAAUCGCGGCACCUGGGAUACAGUGUUGGAAUCCAGCCUUUGAUGUAACCCCAGCUAGUCUAAUUAAGGGUAUCAUUACGGAAGUUGGAGUGUACAGACCUGAAGAUUUAAUACAAUUGAAGAAGAAUUGCGAGCACUCGUAAAUUAUCGAUCGAUUGCGAGCAAAGAAGAAAGCUUCCGGGAUGCAUUUAUACGAACGAAUUAACCGGUAAUUUCGACGUUACGAAAAAUUGUUGGCAGGCACUUUGUUUAUUUGAAAACUUCGUGUUAAAAUAAAAUUGUUGGCAUAUUACGCUUAUUUGAACAUACACGUUAAGCCUGAUGGACGCGGUAAAAAUGUAGCGUGGAUAUACAUGUACGUGUUUCCGUUUAAAAAUGCCUUAUUCGCUGUGAUUUUUAUAAAUAUAUUUAUAGUGAUUAAUAUGUCGUAUAGAUAGUUGUAUUGAUACGAAGAAAGAAAGAAAGAAAGAAAGAAAGAAAGAAUG